AUGGAUGAUAUAACGAUACAAUCACAAAGUCCAAUACAUUUACAGAAAUCACCAUCCAAGAUAUUAUCAAAUAAUAACUCAUUACUAAAUAAAGGAAAAGAUUAUGAUGAAAUAGAACGACGAUUCGCUGAUAUAUUAUUGAAGUAUGAUCAAUUAAAAUUGGAAAAACAACAAAUAGAGGAGGAAUUAGAAUUAAAACAAGGAGAGAUCAAUAUACUACAACUUGAAAAUAGAACUUGUAAAGAUGAUAUACAAAUGUUGGAGAUGAAAUUACAAGAGAUUGAAGAUAUAUCUAUCAAGAAUGAAUCUAUGUAUAAACAAGUUGUUGAAGGACUUCGUAAGAAAAUUCAAAUCCUCAAUUCAAACAACGUAGUACCUGAUCAAGAAUUAGUUACAAAAUAUGAGAAGCUAUUGAAAGAUUAUAAAAUUCUUGAGAAUGAAUUUGAUGUUGAGAAAGAAUCAAAAUCGGUAUUAAUGGAUCAAAUAGAAUAUUUAACUCAUAAAAAUGAAGAAUUAACUCCCACAACUGAUGAAGAAAUUAUGGAUGAAUUUAUAAAUACAGAACAUACAACAAGUCUAGAUGAAGAUUCAGGAUCUGUUAAAAUGACGUCUCAUUUCCAAUUUCCUUCACCUCCAAAACAACAUUUCCCACCAUCUCCAGAUCCAGCUAUCAAAAAUUUAAAAAGACAAUCUUUACCAAUUGACUUGAAAAAAGAAUUUGUUUUAUCACCAUUUAAAUUAGCUCCAACUACCGAAGAAGAAACAUCAAUCCGUCCAAAACCAACACAUCAAAGAUAUAAUUCACAUGAUAUAAUUCCAAUAAAAGUUGAAUUUGAAAAUGAUUCAGAAAAAAGAUUUUCAUCUGCUCCUGUGAUUGAAGAGGAUGAAGUAAAUCAAUAUAGAAAUGAAGCUUUAUUUGCGUUAAACGGAUAUGAUGAAUCUUCUGAAAUUGAAUCAAGUUCAAAAAGAUCUAGCUAUUAUGGUAAUCAAACUCGUCAAGAAAUCACAAAACUUCAAUUUGAACUACAAUCAUUAAAACUACAUAAUGAAAAAUUAUUAUCCUAUAUAGGAUUCGAAUUACAAAAGCAGAAAAAGAACCUUAAAAAGCUUGCUAAAAGGCAAUCAAUGACUUUUGAAUAUUCAGAUGCAAAAUUAAUCGAAGAAUCAAAAAAUUUAUUAAUCAAUGAAAAACGAGUUUUAAGAUCUGUUUCAAUUAAUUCUGUACCACCAGAAGAUUCUCAAAAUUUUGUUAAUGAUAAAAUUGUUAAAAAGUUUGCUUCUCAAGUAUUUCAACAACCAAUUGAAGAGGAAUCUCUGGAAGAGGAAUCUGAAGAAGAAGAAACAGGUGUGUUGAAUCAUAUAAAGAGUUAUGUAUUGGGUAAAAAACAUAAACCAAAAGAUGAAUUAGUUGAUGAUAAUUUAAAAUUUAAAUUUUUAACAAUUGCACUUGGUAUAAUGAUUAUUGGUUUCAAAUUAACACCUAAAAACUCAAGUUGA